AUGUUAGUGUUUGUGGCUCUGAGUAUCGUUGCAGUGCUUCUGUUUGCCUUGUUUGACUACAGGCAAAAAAUAAAGCGACUGGAAGGGACACAAUUCACGGGUCCGGGUUUUCUUCCAAUUCUUGGACAUGCUGGCUUUUUCUUGUUCAAGAAGCCAUCAGAAGUGUUGGAUUUGGUCACAAAAGGGUCACAGGAAUUUGGAAAAAUGACCAGAGUCUGGAUGGUUAAUAUGCUCUUCCUCGGGAUCGCAGAUCCUAAAUAUGUCGAGGCAAUUCUCAAUAGUCCAGUUCAUAUUAACAAAGCCAUUGAAUAUUCAUAUUUAAAUAACUGGCUUGGCGAUGGACUUUUGCUGACAACGGGCAAAAAGUGGCAGACUAGGCGAAAAAUCCUCACUCCAGCUUUUCACUUCAAGAUCCUCGAGUAUUUUGUGGAAAUCUUCGAUAAACAGAGUAAAAUCUUUGUUGAGAAACUUGAGCAAUUCAGUGCAAAAACUCCAGUCAAUAUCUGCCCCUUAAUCAGUCUUCUUACAUUCGACGUGAUCUGUGAAUCUGCCAUGGGUACUUCAAUGGAAUCACAACUAAAUAGAAAUUCUGAAUAUGUUGAAGGAGUUAAAGAGAUAACGGAUAUAUUGCACAAGAGGAUGUACAAUGCGCUUUUGAGGAUUGAAUUCUUCUAUAGAUUGUCCAAAAGUGGCAAACGCGAGCGCGAAAUUGUAAAAACCUUGCACAAAUGGACAGAUAGAAUCAUUGAGAAACGUCGGCAGGAUUUACUGGAGGGAAUAGCGUCAAGGAAAGUUCAGGGAAAUGCUGAAGUUGGUCAAAAAGAUAAAAUGGCACUACUGGAUAUUCUUCUGCAGGCAACAGUUGAUGGAAAACCUCUGACCAAUGAGGAUAUUCGAGAGGAAGUGAAUACUUUUAUGUUUGCUGGACAUGAUACCACAACUUCAGGAAUAUCUUUUCUACUCUACAAUAUUGCGCUCUAUCCAGAAGUUCAGGAGAAAAUUGUAGAGGAGAUCAAGUAUGUACUUGGGAUGGAUCCGAAGAAAUUAUUUACUUUUGGUGAUUUGAAGAAUAUGACUUACCUGGAGUGUGUGAUUAAGGAAUCCCUGAGGCUCUUUACACCAGUUCCCAUGGUAGCUAGGUACUUCCCUGAGGAAGUGGAGCUGAAAUGCAUGCGGAUUCCUGCGAAAAGUAAUGUCGUAAUUAAUGCUUUCUGCAUGGGCAAGGAUCCAAGUCUUUACCCGGAUCCGGAUACCUUCAAUCCCGAACGUUUCCUGGAGGAUGAGAUCGAAGGUAGAAAUCCCUACAGCUACAUCCCUUUCAGUGCUGGCCCCAGGAAUUGCAUUGGGCAGAAGUUUGCCAUGGCGGAGAUGAAGACACUGGUCGUGAGAUUGCUGCAGAAGUACAGGAUCUCUGUGGAUCCGAGUUACGAUAAACCCAUUUUGAUAGCGACAAUUGUACUACGUGCCAAAAAUGGGAUUGUCCUCAAUUUUGAGAAAAGAACUUCGUGACAGUGUUAACUAUUAAAAUGCGCAAUUAAGUACCUAUUUUAUUUAAAUACUAAAUGUAGCUUAUUCCAGUGGAUUUUUUUUUAAAACUUUUAUUUGCGAUCUGCAAUCUUUUCUUCAGUCAAAUUUCUCAAGUGCAAAUUCUAAUUUACAAAUCAAUAAAAAUUUUAUGUAAAAAUGUCCAAAAUGUAACCAAUUAUUUACAUUCUUGGUGAAAUUUUAAGAUAAGAGAAUAAAAUUUUUUGAGUAUAAA